AUGGAACAUCUCUGGAAGGAAGCACAGGAGGAGAUUGUGCGGCUUCAGAACCAACUUGUGGACAAAGACAAGUUGCUGGAAACGACCGCACAGGAGGGAGCAGGACUGAAGAGAGAAAUCGAGAACGUCUACCUUGAAAAGGAACAUGUUCUGACUGAAAAACGGCACCUAGAAGGAGAUUUGGAACUGGCUCUAGACCGAGGAGACACGUUAGAGAACUUAAAUAAAGAACUGAAGGAGUCUCUAGAGAGCCAGUUAGAGGCAAAUGACGUCUUGCUAAAGAAAAGGGACGAAGACGAAAGAGAAAAGCAAAAUCUCUUCCAACAGGCUUUAGUCGAAAAGGAAGGAGAACUGGAGAGCGCCAUAAAGAAAAUAACUGAGUUGGGCCUCAAACUGAAACAAAUAGAAACUUCCAAUCAAAAGCUUGUUUCAGAGAAAGAAUACUUCGAGCGGCUGAUAGAAGGCUACAAGGAUGCCGUAGCCCAGAAGAAGAAGGAAGUUGACCAAAUACAAGAAGUACUCGGACAUAAAGCGAUAGAGGCUGAGAAGGACCGAGAAACACUUGAGGUCAUUAAAUCAGAAAACGUGAGACUCAGGGAGUUAGCAACUGACCUUCAAGACAGAAAUUGUGAACUAGAGAAGAAACUGCAGAAGAGACCCAGAAAAAACUUGAUAUUAACGGACAAAGUUCAGUCGCUAGAACUACUUUUGGGCCAAAAAGAAUCUCAGCUGGUUUCGGCAGCAGAAAUUCUAACAGCAGAAAGAGCGAAAACUGAGAUUAUGUCCACAGAACUCAAAAAGAUGAAGAACUGGGUCUCAGAACUAGGAAAAGAGAAAGCAAAGUAUAAAGAACAGUUACAGGAAAAAGAAGAUGAACUGGCUUCAGUUAAGAAAGAGUUAGACAAUGGAAAGAUAACCACCCAAACUCUGGCUGGAGAAGCCCAGGUUAUGAAGAACUGGUUGCAGAGUUAG